AUGCAGCAGCUGGGAGAGACCCAUAAUGCUGAUCUGCCACUGGGGCCACUGGACACAGAGAGCGAGGAGGCUGAUCCAUUGUUGGAGGCGCUGGACGGAGAGAGCGAGGAGGCUGAUCCUUCGCCGGGGUGGCUGGAUGGAGAGAGCGAGGAUGCAGAUCUGUCACUGGGGACGCUGGACAGAGAGAGCGAAGAGGCCUAUCCGUCGACAGAGGUGCAACACAGAGUGAGUCAGGACAUGAUGCAGCAACAGGGAGAGAGACAGGAUGCUGAUCUGCCACUGGGGAUGCUGGAUGGAGAGAGCGAAGAGGAUUAUCCAUCGCUGGAUGUGCAGCACAGAGGGAGUCAGGACACGAUGCAACAGCAGGGAGAGAGACCGGGUGCUGAUCAGCCACUGAGGGCGCUAGACGAGAGCGAGAAGGCUGAUCAGUUGCAGGGGUGGCUGGACAGAGAGUGCAAGGAUGCUGAUCUGUCAAUUGGGGCACUGGACAGAGAGAGCGAGCAGGCCUAUCCGUCACUGCAGGUGCACCACAGAGUGAUUCAGGACACGAUGCAGCAGCUGGGAGAGACCCAUAAUGCUGAUCUGCCACUGGGGCCACUGGACACAGAGAGCGAGGAGGCUGAUCCAUUGUUGGAGGCGCUGGACGGAGAGAGCGAGGAGGCUGAUCCUUCGCCGGGGUGGCUGGAUGGAGAGAGCGAGGAUGCAGAUCUGUCACUGGGGACGCUGGACAGAGAGAGCGAAGAGGCCUAUCCGUCGACAGAGGUGCAACACAGAGUGAGUCAGGACAUGAUGCAGCAACAGGGAGAGAGACAGGAUGCUGAUCUGCCACUGGGGAUGCUGGAUGGAGAGAGCGAAGAGGAUUAUCCAUCGCUGGAUGUGCAGCACAGAGGGAGUCAGGACACGAUGCAACAGCAGGGAGAGAGACCGGGUGCUGAUCAGCCACUGAGGGCGCUAGACGGUGAGAGCGAGUAG